CUGGCGGGGAGGAUGCACUGAGGUAGGACUUUUUUUCGAAAAAGAAUUUUUUUUUAAAAAAAGACGUAAAUAAACAGUCCCCUCCCAACAACUCGCCUGUUUGAAUAUUGGAAGGAGGGAGAAGAUUGGGCUCUCGGCAGCACCGUCGUCGGCCGAACCGGAGGAGAGAGGGAGGCCAAGAUGGCGGCGGAUCCAGUCCAGGGUGAUGGCCGAAGUCACCUAGUCUCAGAGUGUCUGGGCCUGGGCCAGAACUUGGAUCUGUCAGACACCAUGGUGCAACAGAAGCUGGACGAAAUCAAGGAUUCAAUCAAGCGAGAGAUACGGAAGGAACUUAAAAUCAAGGAAGGAGCAGAGAACCUCAAGAAGGUCACAACUGAUAAAAAGAAUCUAGCUUAUGUGGAAAAUAUGUUGAAAAAGUCAAACAAAAAACUAGAUGAGCUUCAUCAAGAGUUGCAGGAGCUGAACGCACACAUUGUUGUGAAGGACCCUGAGCUGGCAGAUUGCCCACGAACCCCGGAUACUCCCAACCCCGACUCUACAGAUAAUAGUCGCAUUGCUGCCUUGAAGAAGCAAUUGGACAUUGAGCUGAAAGUGAAGUUGGGAGCUGAGAAUAUGAUUCAGAUGUACUCGAAUGGAUCCUCAAAGGAUCGAAAGUUAUUAGCUGCAGCUCAACAAAUGCUUCAGGAUAGCAAGACAAAAAUAGAAGUUAUUAGGAUGCAAAUUCUUAAAUCAACACAAACUAGUGAAGCAGUCUUUGAAAAUUCAGAUGGAAUAGCAACGAAACCUGUGAUAAGCCCCCUAGAGCUUCGGGUUGAAGAGCUCAGGCAUCACUUCAGAAUAGAGUAUGCAGUGGCUGAAGGAGCAAAAAAUGUUAUGCGACUUCUUGGGUCUGGAAAGGUUCCUGAUAAGAAAGCACUUUCAGAGGCACAAGCAAGAUUUAAUGAAUCAAGUCAGAAAUUGGAUCUUUUAAAAUACUCAUUGGAGCAAAGACUGAAUGAGCUUCCAAAAAACCACCCAAAGAGCAGUAUUAUCAAAGAUGAAUUGUCAAUGGUUUCUUCACCGGCUCUCAGUCCGCGUCACAGUGUCAUUUAUCCACAGAAUCAGUACAGCACCCUAUCCAAACCUGCUGCAUUAACAGGUAGCCUAGAGGUUAGGCUUAUGGGAUGCCAAGACUUGCUAGAGACGGUUCCUGGUCGAUCAAAAAAUACAUUUGUUCCUUUGCCUGGCUGGAGCCCAAAUGAAACCAGAUCCUCCUUUAUAAGCAGAACCAGCAAAAGCAGAAGUGGGAAUAGCCGAUAUCCUGUCAAAACAGAAGAUUUGUCCAAUGAAAUUGGUGCUGUACUGAAGCUGGACAAUACAGUUGUUGGGCAAACUAGUUGGAAACCAGUUUCAAAUCAGUCAUGGGAUCAGAAGUUUACAUUAGAGCUAGAUCGGUCACGUGAACUGGAGAUGUCUGUUUAUUGGCGUGACUGGCGUUCCCUCUGUGCUGUGAAAUUUCUUCGGUUAGAAGAUUUCCUAGAUAAUCAACGGCAUGGAAUGUGCUUGUACCUAGAGCCACUGGGUACGCUCUUUGCAGAGGUAACUUUUUACAAUCCAGUUAUUGAAAGAAGACCAAAACUUCAAAGACAGAAGAAAAUCUUCCCAAAACAGCAAGGCAAAACAUUCCUUCGAGCCCCUCAGAUGAAUAUUAAUAUUGCCACAUGGGGGCGAUUGGUGAGAAAAGCUGUUCCAACUGUAAAUAAUUCUGGCACCUUCAGCCCCCCACCCUCUAUCCCUGCUGCAGUGCCAGCAGUUUCUCACUCGGAAAGAAAAGAUUCAACGAGCGAUCUACCAGUAACAAAACUAGAAUUUGAACCAGAACCACCACCUGCUCCUCCAAGAGCUUCAUCUCUUGGAGAAAAUGGCGGGACCACAACAGAAGUAAGAAUUCCAGAUAAUGUACAGGAAGCACUCUCAACUUUUGAUUUCCUAAAUGAUAGAAACAAUAUUGUUUCUAAGGUAGAGAACAAUAUAAUUUCUGUGUCAGAGAUACCCCACCCAGAGCUAGAGUUUCGAACACUCCCACAGUCAGAAGACAAACGAAUACAGCCAAGAUUCCAGUUCAGUCUUCUGGACUUCAGGUGUGUUGCUGUACUUGGCAGGGGUCACUUUGGAAAGGUUCUUCUUUCCGAGUACAAAGUCACUGGUGAAAUGUUUGCUAUCAAAGCCUUGAAGAAAGGGGAUAUUGUGGCCCGUGAUGAGGUAGACAGCCUUAUGUGUGAAAAGAGAAUUUUUGAGACUGUGAACAGUGUCAGACAUCCGUUUUUGGUCAAUCUCUUUGCCUGUUUUCAGACGAAAGAUCAUGUGUGUUUUGUAAUGGAAUAUGCUCCUGGUGGGGAUUUGAUGAUGCACAUUCAUGCUGAUGUUUUCUCUGAACCCAGGGCUGUGUUUUAUGCUGCUUGUGUGGUUCUUGGUUUGCAGUAUUUGCACGAACACAAGAUAGUUUAUAGGGAUUUAAAGCUAGAUAACCUGUUGCUGGAUAGUGAUGGCUACGUCAAGAUUGCUGACUUUGGCCUUUGUAAGGAGGGUAUGGGUUUUGGAGAUCGAACAAGCACAUUUUGCGGCACCCCUGAAUUUCUUGCUCCGGAAGUACUGACGGAAACCUCGUACACAAGGGCAGUGGAUUGGUGGGGACUUGGUGUCCUUAUCUAUGAAAUGUUGGUUGGUGAGUCACCAUUUCCUGGGGAUGAUGAAGAAGAAGUGUUUGAUAGCAUCGUAAACGAUGAAGUACGAUAUCCAAGAUUCUUAUCUACAGAUUCUAUCUCCAUCAUGAGAAGGCUCCUGAGGAGGAAUCCAGAACGACGCCUGGGAGCAAGUGAAAGGGAUGCAGAAGAUGUAAAGAAACAAUCAUUCUUUAGAGUUGUUGAUUGGAUUGCGUUGUUAGCAAAGAAGGUAAAGCCCCCAUUCCAGCCCAUAAUUCAAGACCGAGAAGAUGUCAGUAACUUUGACGAAGAGUUUACCUCAGAGGCACCAGUUCUUACACCACCACGAGAACCAAGGGUUCUGGUCGAUGCGGAACAAGGAAUGUUCAAGGAGUUUGAUUACAUAGCAGAUUGGUGUUAAAUGCAACAAGAACAUUUUUAUGGUGUAGAAACUGUGAAUUUAUAGCUGACUGUAGCUUACAGCAAUGCCCUCUUUGGGACAAAUGAUGGAUACUUUCCAGCCUCUUACUGCAGUCUGUGCCAUCUGUAGUCCUCCAAAUUCAUUCAUGCAAUUGAAGCUCCCUGAAAGAACAACAGCACAGUGAGAAGUGGCAACUUUGAAUCAUUCACCUCCAAGACCAUUGGGAAAGCUUUUGUUUUGUCCUGUAUUUGUAUUGUUGAUUUCUUCGGCAGUGCGCAAUCAGGCCAAUGCCAAGAAAUCCCAGUGUAAAUUUGCACUGUUAGUUCUUGGCAAAUGCGCUAUAGAAACUCAUCGUACUAUAGCCUGCUCACUUUAUAAAUGUGGUGAUUAUUGCCUUAAUUAGGAGAGGGUGUUGUUAGAAUCAUUCCUUUGGCUGAAUUGAGAACUAUUUUCUCUCUGCCACAUUACCACUUCAGUUGGUGGUGCUAUCAGCUGAUGACACUACAGUAUGGUCUCACCUAGCAUAAGGCAGCUACUGUCUUGACUGCUGAUAAUAAAAGUAAUUACUGUGUUUGGCCAAACAAUGUGCAUUUUAAACAAACUGAUCACCCUGCACGUUAUUUGGUCCCAGAUAAUGAUUUUAAAAGCUAGUUUGAUGCCUUACCUUAAUGUUGUAAAUUUUCAUUGUAUUUAUUGUGUAGAAUUGCAAUAUGCCUUGACAUUGAGAGAGCACUAAGUGCUUCCAGGCAGUUUUUUUUUGCAGGUACUGAAAGCCUACCAAAGCCACUUGCCAAACAGUGAUGUCACCUCCCUGCUCCUGGAAAUUGUAUGUAAAACGGUGGGCACAGCCUAUUCAAUUCACAAAGAGAAGAAAGUCAGUUAUUUUUUUAAUGUUUUGUCUGUAAGUUUUGGGUCUCUAUGUUUGAAGAACUAGCUAUUGAUGAGAUUGUGCUGUUUCUCUCUCUCACUUCUGAAAUUUCCAUAACCAAAAUUAUUACUUAUGAUAUACCAUGAUCAAAGAACACAGGAAUUUAUAGUUUGUAUACUGUUUAGUCAGUGGGUCAUUUCUUCUUAUCUGCUGUACAUGACAACAGUAAGCUCAGCUUCUAUGUUUUUAUGGAAAUGUAUAUGUGCUGUCAGUGUAAGUUUUGAUAUAGUAUUUUAGUUUACAUUCACACAAUUUAUAGUGUUCACAUUUAAUGCACGGUGACCAUGUGAAAAUGUGUUUUUAAAAUGUAGCUGAUCAGUAUGAUUUCUAACUGUUGGGCCAUCUCUAUGCAUAGAUCAUGCUAUGACUCGGCUAUGCUCUACAUACUGUUGAUAAUGGUUUGUAUAUUUUAAGUUUAAAGAAACCCCUUUUUAUUUGCUAACCGCUGCAGGCUCCAUGUCAAAAACUGCACAAAUAACAACCAUACAGUUCGAACAUAAGCUACUGGUUCCCAUGCUUCACUGCUUAUCCUGUCCUUUAUCUCACAAAGAUGGCAAUAGCAAUAAAUACUGCAAUAUUUGAAACAGCAAAUGUACAUUUUUAUAAAGACCAGUACAUGUAAAUAAGCAGGGUUAAUAAAUGAAAGUUUUAAAUAGUUUUUUUUAAAGUAAACAGCUAGAGAGGUCUGUUUCCAAAGUGUAUAGAAAGAAGAAACUUUUUUUUAAAAAAAGAGAAAAUUAAAUCACUAAUGUUAGAAGGCAGGGUGGAAGUACAGAGAUAAGCUCAAAAGCACUAAUUUUAUCUCUGACGAUUUUUAAACAAAUGUUUUAAUCUAAUUUCAAAUUGAGAAUAUUUUACAUUGUACAAUAUAUAUUCAUUAUAAAGUGGCUGCUUAAGAACUUUUGUAAGAAAAUACGAAGGCAUGUGUUGGAAUGGUACAAUACUAUGCAUUUACGUGUGCCCAGCAGAGUAUGUGGUUGAGAAACACUGAAGGGUUUUGCAGUCAGUACGUAUAAAUGCACAAAAUUAAAACAUUUUAAGUAGGGCAUGUUUGUUCUAUUGUCCUCUUUUCGUGUGUACCUGCAAUGCAAUUGUCUUUAAAAUCAGUGUUUUUUUAAAAAAUUAUUACUCCUUUUUGGUCUGCUGUCGUCAUGUAAAGUGGACAUUACCCAUUGGCUUUCCCAGUAGGAGGAGCCAACUCCGGCUCCCUUGCCAGUUAAUUUCCAGUCUCCCUGUUGCCUAAUCUCCCAAACACUCCUCAGCUGGACAGAACACAUCUGCCCAAGCCUGAGGGUUGAUUGUCAUUGUCUUUGGAAUUUUCUUGCUCAGAAAGCUCUGUCAAUGAGCUUAUUCAACGCUGAGGUCUGUUGAUACUUUGGCACUGAGAGUGAAGCACAGUGGCCAUAGGGAGGGAAAGCCAAGUCUGGAUAGAAACUCAGUCUUAAUGCGAAAUAUGACUGACUGCUUUUUCGUACAUUCAUAACUCGGUAUCAAACCUGUGGAAGGUUAGAAGAUUUCUUACAGCAUUCUUGGUGUUACCCACAAACAUUCAGAAGAGCUGUGUGAUGUACUCAUGCAACAUGCUAGUAUACGUAUCGACAUCUGAAAAGUUAUAUCUUGCAAGUUUUCUUUUCAUUUUAACUGAAGAAAGCGUUCCUUAAUUUCUUUUAAUUUUUCAGAAUCCAGAAAACUGCUAUCAUCAAAUGCCUACACCAAUCUGUGUUUACAUUACGCUUACUAAACUGGAAAGUUUGCCUUGGCACUUAAAUGUAAUCUGACAAAUCCACAGUUAGUCAAAUGUUGUUAUUAGUAUAGCUGACUAAAGACUUCUGUAGAAUUUGGCUUUUAGUAGAUCCUUACAAGAAAGGGAAGCAAGAUUUAGAGAAGUGAUUUCGUGUCCUUUUAGGCCCACAGCCAAAGACACAGUUACCAUUCGAAUACCGAAUGGAUUUUACAUUGAUUCACAAAACUGAAGUAAGGCCAUUCGUCCCAAUUAGUCAAUGCAGGUGUCUUUACUGCAUGCAAACCAAAUCCCACUCUACUUUGACCCAGGUCAAUUACUAUUACCCUCAACAUGGAUGUAUUUUAAGGGGAAACUAGGUGUCUCUUACACUCGUGUGGUGUCAGGGUCCAUGUUAAUAUCAUUCUUUGGCUGAAAAUGGUUUUCCUGAAUUCAUUAUUUGAUUUAUUUGUGAUCUGGUUUUGGACUCCUUUUCAAAUGUAAACAUCAUUUCUGCAACUGACUUCUUCAACCCUUUUAUAACCUUAAAGAUCUUUAUCAGCCAACCCUUCAGUCCUAGACUUAAGGAUUUAGAGGAACUUGAGGGAAAGAUUAGUGGUUUUCUGCUAUAGGCUAAUACUUGCAUGACCGUAGCAGGUCACGAGCAUUUUGGUGAUGCGAAGUGCUAUUCUUUCAUCUGUGCAAUUCAAAUUCAUGCAGCAAAUGAAGGUGUGAACCUUCUAGCAAAUUAUUGACCCAAUUUUACUCAGAUUCAUGAAUGUUCAAAUAAACAAUCUUUGUUUGCAUAACAUAAGACCACAGGAUGUCACAGUAGCCUUUUGGCCAGUGCAGGCUGUUAUGCCAUUCACUGGGGUCAUUGCUGAUCUGAUAAUCUUCUUUCUUCCUCUUGCCUUUUUCCCCCAUUACCAUUUAUUUGCCUACUGAUUUUUAAAAAGAAGUCUUGACAGGUCUGUGGUGAAGAAUUCCAUCGGUGCACUACCCUCUGAAAGAAAAAAUUCCUCCUCAUCUUGCUUUAAUGGGCAACCCCUUACUGAGAGCCCAGCUUUGUGUCCUUGAUUCCCCUACAACUUUGCUCCCCAAAGAGAAAUGAUUUCUCCAUAUCUACCCAAUCAAGCCUCCUAAAGAACCUUGUAUGAUUCAAAAAGCUCAUUCUUCAUUCUUCUAAACUCCAAUGAAUGCAGGACCAAUCUACCCAACUCCUCGUAACUGUUUCUCCAGCAAUUUUCCACACAGAUUCUACUCACUACAGGUUGCCAUCCUGAAAAUGCCCUUUUUAUCCCAAGGCUUGUCAAUUACUUAAUGAAUUCGCGAUACUUAACUAAUCCUCUAUCCGUGAUAAAUUACCCCCAAUGAGCCAUACCAUUCCAAGUGAAUUUUGGAAACAUAAUAUAUUAUAUCUACUUGUUUCCUUUAUUUAUCCUACCUGUUACUAUCAAAGAAUUGUAAUGAACUUGUCAGGUAUCAUUUCACUUCAUGAAGCUGUGCUGACUUUGCUGUGUUUAUUGUGUAUGUCUAAAUGCUCUGCUGAGUAAUUUUCUCAAUGCCACGUAUUAAACUAUCUGGCCUUUUUGU